UACCGUGUGAGUUUACGCAGAAUAGUAUGGUGUGGUAGGGCUUCGAAAUCUUUGGAAAUGUCCAAAAAUAUGAAGUAGACUGUUUGGUGAGUUGAACGUGCCUUCUCAAGGGUCAAAACGAGAUCAGCAAUGGCGUCGAAGAUGCACCUGCUUCGUCGGAAUCAGCAGAGUUGAUCUGACAAUGCUUCUUUGGAUUCAAGCAACCAGAUAAUGGCGCCCGUGCGGAACCCCGAGAUCACGUCUACACAGAUCUUCAUCAACAAUGAGUUUGUCAACUCGGUUUCGGGCAAGACGUUUGCGACGUACAACCCCGCCACCGGCGAAAAGAUUGCCGACAUUCAGGAAGGAGACAAGGAAGAUGUGGAUCUGGCUGUCAAAGCAGCACGAGCCGCUUUCGCACGUGGUUCGGAAUGGAGGACAAUGGACGCGUCCAAAAGAGGUCGAAUGCUUCUCAAACUGGCGGACCUGAUGGAAGAGAACGCCGACUACCUUGCCAGUCUGGAAACGGUGGACAACGGCAAGCCUUUCACCCUCUCCCUUGCUGACGUCAUGUUUGCCAGCGCUGUUAUACGCUAUUACGGCGGAUAUGCUGACAAGGUGCAUGGGAACACCAUUCCUGUCGACGGAGACGUUUUCGCCUACACGAGACGCGAGCCCAUCGGCGUUGUGGGACAGAUCAUACCGUGGAAUGUCCCCAUCCUGAUGCUGAGCUGGAAGUUGGGUCCCGCCCUGGCAAUGGGAAACGUGGUGGUCAUGAAACCAGCCGAGCAGACGCCACUGACGGCCUUGGCUGUCGCGAACCUUGUCCCGAAAGCAGGAUUUCCUCCUGGAGUGGUGAACAUCAUCCCGGGAUACGGCGAGACGGCGGGAGCCGCCAUAUCGGGUCACCCGGACAUCGACAAGAUCGCCUUCACGGGAUCCACAGAGAUUGGGAGGCUGAUACUGAAGGCAUCGGGAGAUUCCAACAUCAAAAAAGUUUCUCUGGAACUCGGUGGCAAGAGUCCUCUGAUUAUCUUCCCGGACGCUGACUUGGACUUGGCAGCGACGUUGGCCCACGAAGCCGUAUUCUGGAACCAGGGACAGGCGUGCUGCGCCCCGACACGAACCUACGUGCACGCCGACGUCUACGACAAGUUCGUGGCCAAGUCGGUCGAACUGGCCAAGAAGAGAAUAGUGGGAGACCCCUUCGACGAACGCACUUCACACGGCGCACAGAUUGAUGAGACACAGUUCGACCGUAUAAUGGAAUACAUCGGCAUCGGUCAAGAAGAAGGUGCCAAACUGCGAUGCGGGGGGCGUCGUUUGGGCUCCAGGGGUUACUUCAUUGAGCCGACUGUGUUUUCGGACGUCAAAGACCACAUGAAGAUCGCCAGGGAAGAGAUAUUUGGUCCGGUCCAAAGCAUCUUCAAGUUCGAAACCACGGAAGAAGUGAUCGCAAGAGCGAAUGACACGAUGUACGGAUUGGCUGCAGGGCUCGUGACAAACGACUUGAAUACAGCCAAUACCGUUGCACAUGCUCUCGAGGCCGGCGUAGUGUGGGUCAACACAUUCCUGUCCAUGAGUGCACAAGCUCCUUUUGGGGGCUACAAGAUGUCCGGGAUUGGUCGAGAAAUGGGCGAAGACGGAGCCCUCGAAUAUACUGAAGUAAAGACGAUUAUCACCACGAUGCCACAGAAGAACUCGUAAGAUGGAUGUGCGGUCGGCAGCAGCAUGAGCUGUUUCAACGAAACAGGUGGCCGCAGAGGCUGAGACGUAACAGAAGUCACUGCAGUUUCAGAGGCAUAUUAAGGGAGACGUUGGGCCCCCUUGUUUCUUCGCCGUCCCCAGAAGUAUGAGGCAAUAGGAAACAUAUCAACCACAUCACAGAGUACACCCCUCAGCAUCCCCUAGUGCUGCCUACUGUACAAUGCAGCACGUGAAAACAUAGACUCUUGAGCACCUGUAGAGGAUUGUAGUUUAGUUAUGAAAUAAU